GCCCAGCCCAUCACUUGUUGCUUGCUGCUUGCGGUGGGGGUCCAUCCCGUCCCCUCUCUCGAUGGAGCUGGGCGGCGGCGGCGGCGACAGCGCCGCCAUGAGCGCGAGGCUCUCCUCCGACGAUGCCGCCGCCGCAGCUGCAGGCGAGGACCGGCUCAGCACACUCCCCGACGACGUCCUCGUCCUCAUCCUCAUCCUCCUCAAGCUCAGCACACCCGCGCCGCCGCCCAGACCAGCGUCCUCUCCCACCGCUGGCGCCGCAUCUGGGCUUUCCGCUCUCCUCCCGGUGCUCCACUUCACUUCUCCCCCUGAGCCCCACCGGUUGCGCGACGCCCAUGAGGUGCUCGUCCGCGCCCUCUUCGUCGGGGCCGACGGUGCCACCCCUGAGUCUCUGGCGGUCUGGCUCCCCGCCGCCGCGCGCCGCGUCUCCGGUGACCUAACCCUUUUCAGCAGUGGUCCCGUGAAAGACGAAGAUGAGGAGCAGGCCGGGCAAAGAGGUGCCUUUGAGUUCCCCUGCUUUGAGAAGGCCACCUCGAUCUCGCUCGACUUGGCUUUUCAGGGCCUCGCCGUGCCUCCCACCGGUGUCUUCACUCGGCUCACAGAGCUCCACCUGAGCCACGUCUGGUUCCACGGCCCAGGCGAGCUCGGCGACGCCGUGUCCUCGCGGCGGUGCCCGUGCUUGCAGAGUCUCACCGUUGACAACGCCCGGGGGCUGCGUGAUCUCUCUAUACAUUCGGAAUCUCUGCUCGUGAUGGUGCUCAGGAACCUACGCAGCUUGUCUCAGCUCACAGUUGUGGUGCCGGCACUCAAGGAGUUAACUGUGGCAUCUUGUUUUCUCGAGAGUCGGCCGGUCGCCAACAUCUCGGGUCCUCAUCUGGCGAAUCUUGAUUGGACUGAUCAAUAUGACCCGAGCUCUGUCCACUUUGGCAAGAUGGAACAUCUCCGAUGUCUGGGCACCAGCUUUUAUCUUGUUUAUCCGCAUGGCGUCAUUUACAAUCACUCUUGUUUAACGCUCUUCCAGCGCUUUGAGGGCAUCAUCAUCAAACCUCAAAAGCUGACGUAUCCACCUGAUAUAUGGAAAUGCCAAUACGAGAUCGAAGACAUGGCAGUGCUCCCUGACAUUACAUUUUUGCGCCUAGUGGUAAUGACAAAUGGACAUGCCUUUGGGGCCAGCGCAUUCCAUGUUCUCAGAUUGUCUACUGGUAUAAGAAGGUUGAUGCUGCUGUUAUCUCCUACUCGCGCAGAGGUAAACCUAUUCUUUGUUUGCCUAAGACUCUCUCCAGAUACGGAAAAAGAGUGGAAAACGGAGGAGCUCUUGUUGAAUCACCUUGAAGAAGUAGAAAUCACUGGAUGGAGAGGAACUGAACAUGAAGUUGCUUUUGUGGAACGGCUUUUUGAUUGGGGGACAAAGCUUAAAGAGAUGACAGUAAAUUUCCAUCGUUCAAUCUCUGAAGUCAAUGCCAAGGAGCUGUACCAGGUAUUUCGGAGCUUCUCUAGGCCAGGAGUAUCCACGAAAUUUUACCUAUAUCAGAAGCAUAGGAAGGUGUUAUAUGCACCUGAGUACUAGCGCACCAGGUUGUCAAUGUAGGCACUUCUUUGGUUUAUAUGUUUUCUUGUUAUGAACCGUGUACUGUAUGAGAGCAUCGAAAUGCUAGAUCUUAAAAGAAAAGGUUGAGGUCCAUUAUAUUUUGUAUUUUGUUUAUGGGAAUUGAAGCCCUUUUUUUCACAAGCUGGAAGUGUAUAAGAGCCAAAUAUAGGUACAUUAAA